AUGUUCCAAAACUAUUGUCUUGUCUUCCGACCCCACAUACUCUCGCCGGGCUACACAACCGGGGGUUGGCCUUUUGGGGGUCGGCGGCAGCGCAUAUCUUCACCAAAAGCCACCCAACGAGGACCAGAUCCGCCCCUCCAAUCUCUCUACGCUUACCUACCCUCCGAACCAGAAGCAGGGAUGAGGCGAGCAGAGAAAAAAAAAGAGGACCUUAAACAACCUAGCCGCCUAUAUGCGAGUUUUCUCUUUUCUUUUAUUGGGGCGAGUCGGAUCGAUGGUAUCGAGACGGGGGUUCCAAGGGGAAAAGGAGGAGUCCACACAGAAAAAUCGACGGCAAAGGCAGAGUAA